AGAGGUUAUGUGAAACCAGCUAAUCAAAGUCCAUUUUCAAUCAGUGAACAGAUGGCGCAGGGUGGCUCAAUGGUUGGCACUGUCGCCUCACAGUAAGAAGGGUUUGAAUCCUGGCUCAACUGGGCCUUUCUGUGUGGAGUUUGCAUUUUCACCCCGUGUUUGUGUGGGUUUCCUCAGGGUGCUCCGGUUUCCCCCACAAGUCCAAAACAUGCAGAUUAGGUUAAUUUGAGACUCUAAAAUUGCCCCGUAGGUGUGAGUGAGAGUCCCCCAGCCACUGGUUGCAGCAGGAAGGGCAUCUUGCAUAAAACCUGUGCCAAGUAAAAAAUGUGGAUCACGGAUGGUCUGCUGUGGCGACCUCUAACGGGAGCAGCCGAAAGAAGAUGCAUCAGUGUGAACACACAUUGGAUGUACCAUUUAAGGCUCAAAUAUAUUUUAUAUAAGUAAAUGAGUGCAAUGCUCUCUACACUUAUAUAAAUGCUUAACUAUUAAUGUCACAGAACAAGGCAUAGUAUUUGCAUUUUUGAGAUGCAGUAAGGAAAAGUAAAAAAAUGUUCUGCUGUGUCUGUAACAAAGAAUGAAUUGUGUCAUUCAAGUGGCCAAAACUUUUAGAAACAGAAGAGUUGUGAGUUUAAAUAAAACUUGUCAGCUGAUAAAUGAAAGGCAUGCUUAUAAGACUAAUAUAGGUUUGUCAGCCAUUUUGCCAAACAUAUUUGUUUAUGCAAGUUUGUUCAGGUCCAUAGAACACUGCUCCACUGUGUUCGUGGCUUUUUAAAUAGUGGUGGGGAUUUUGACUCAUUGCUCAUUUUGAUUUAAUUCACGAUUUGUUUACUGAUGUUUUCUGGUGAUUGCAUAUUUUCGUGGUUAGGUAAUGACAAAUGAAUGUCUUAUGAGUGAGUCAUUCCAUCAUUGACUCAUUUGAGUUGUUCACCACCGAAACAAUGCAAGUGAAUUAGAAAGAUUCUGGUGGAGAAGAACAGCACAAAUAACUUGCCAAUUCUUUCUCUGAAACGCAAGUUAUUUGCUGGUAUUAUGAUUAAAGGGAUAAUUCACACAAAAAUAAAAAUUCUCUCAUCAUUUACUCAUUCUCAUGCCAUCCCAGAUUGUAUAUGGAAGCAUAUAAAGGUACCAUAAAAGUAAUCUAGACUCCAGUGGUUAUAUCUAUGUCUUCAGAAACAGUAUGAUAGGUGUGGGUGAGAAACACUUAAGUUAUAUUUAUUUACCAUUAAAAAUUCUCCUUCUGAAAAAUCUAACUAUUUGCUUACAUGACUGUCAGAGAAUAUGCAAUUUCUCUCCGACUUUUCUCUUUUUCCACCCGGUUGUGGUACAAUUCAGAGGAAACAUCAAAUAGGCACUGGUGCUCCUGCCAAUUUUCUACAAAUUCUCCCUAAAUUUCUUCGGUCCAAUGAGACUUUUUUGAUACUGCAGCCAAUGCUAGUUGAUGUUAUGUUGCAGGUACAUCAGGACUCCUCCCACUGAUCUAGGAUAGAAUCUAGUAUAGGCCUAUAGAGUAUAAAUGAUAGCUGCACCAAUGCGUGGAGGUGUGGGCGGUUGUGGGUGUGUGAGGGAUGGAGAGUGAAUUGCCGUUGUGUACUAUGGACUUGUGAAGUCUCUAUUUAACAGGGCUCUGUGUUGGUUCUCACAAGAGUCGUUACUGUCCUCAGGGAUUUAUUGAAGCAGAUAACAUAGGCUACAACAAAACAACUCUGGUCAACAACUGCUAAAUGAGUUCAAUCAAAAUCACAGACAUUGACACAAUGGAGCUGCAAGACGGCGUCCAGAACAAUGCCUUUCAAGAGGAUGAUGAUGAGAAAGAUACAUCUGGUGCAUCAAAUUCUCGAGAGCACGACACCACAAGCAUCUCCGUUAGAGAGAGGCUGGAAGAGAGCGCGUACACUCAAAUCAAACCGUAUGCUGGGAUGCCCAAGGAAGUGUUGAAGUUAUACUCAAGCCAAGCUUGCUACCGGGUACCUCGUGAGAUUUUGUUCUGGCUGGUCAUUGCAUGCACCCUGGCCCUUAUCGCCGUGACCAUUGCGAUCGUGGCAAUGUCACCCCGAUGCCUUAGCUGGUGGCAACUGUCUCCAGUCUAUCAGGUUUACCCGCGAUCAUUCAAGGAUUCAAACGCCGAUGGCGUUGGAGACCUUAAAGGAAUCAAGGAGAAACUGAGUCAUUUCGAGUACUUGAACAUUAAAGCAAUCUGGAUAAGCCCUUUUUACAAGUCUCCUAUGAGGGACUUUGGAUAUGACGUGGAGGACUUCAGGCAAGUUGACCCUCUCUUUGGAACCAUGGAAGACUUUGAAGACCUCUUGGAAAGCAUGCAUGGCAAAGGUCUAAAGCUGAUCAUGGACUACAUCCCUAAUCAUACCAGCGACAAGCACAUCUGGUUUCAACUUAGUCGGAAUGGCACUGAGCCCUACAAAGACUACUAUAUCUGGGUUAACUGCACAAAUGACAAACCUCCUAACAACUGGGUAAGUGUAUUUGGGAAUUCCUCCUGGGAGUAUGACGAAAUGAGAAAACAGUGCUAUUUCCACCAGUUCCUCAAGGAACAGCCAGACCUCAACUACCGUAACCCCCUAGUUAUACAGGAGAUGACGGAUAUAAUCCAUUUCUGGCUGCAGAAGGGGGUGGAUGGGUUCCGCAUGGAUGCUGUGAAACACAUGCUUGAAGCCACACAUUUGAGAAACGAACCCCAGGUUGAUCCAGACCAAGAUCCAUCAGCUGUAGACACAGAGUUUGAGCUGUACCAUGACUACACCUACUCUCAACUCGGGCUACAUGAGAUCCUGACAAACUGGAGGGUAGAGAUGGAUACCUACAGCAGAGAGCCUGGCCGUCACAGGUUCAUGGUAAUGGAGAGUUAUGACUAUGAAGAAAUACAAAAAACCAUGAGGUACUAUGGCACACGAUAUGCCACAGAGAGCGACUUCCCCUUUAACUUCUAUCUGCUAUAUCUUCCUGAAGACUUGUCUGGAAAUAAAGCCAAAGAACUGGUUGAUUUUUGGAUGUCAAACAUGCCAGAGGGAAAAUGGCCAAACUGGGUGGUGGGAAACCACGAUAAGCCACGCAUAGGCUCAAGUGCUGGUACGGAAUAUACAUGUGCUAUAAACAUGCUGUUGUUAACGCUUCCUGGAACUCCCACAACAUACUAUGGAGAAGAGAUUGGCAUGAAGAAUGUAAAUGUAUCUGUCAUUCAGGAUCCUUUUGGAAAGUUCAAUCCAAACAACAGUCGGGACCCACAGCGUACUCCAAUGCAAUGGAGUGAUAAACUCAAUGCUGGCUUUAGUGAAAAUGAAACUGGCACAUGGCUUGACAUCGCUCCAGACUACACAGCUGUCAACGUGGAGGUUCUACAGGCCGAUCCCAAUUCCAUAAUUUCACAAUAUCGUACUCUGAGUUUGCUCAGAGGGGCUGAGCUUGCCCUGAACCGAGGCUGGUUCUGCUACAUCCGGAGUGAUGCUAAUGUAUUCAUUUAUUUGCGUGAGAUGGAUGGAUACAAGAAAGCCUUCUUGGUUGUUCUAAACUUUGGCAAGGAUACUGAGACAGACCUGUCUUCGGUUAGUGAGCUGCCAGAUGUUCUUACUGUGCAUUUAAGUACAAUACCGAUUAGCCAGAAGACUUUCUCCAAAUCCAGAAUUCCAACAUCUAAAGGACAAGGAUUGCUCCUGGAAUAUUCCACCAAUAGCCGAUUCCAUCCUAACCAUGCAUCCGAGUGUUAUGUUUCUGAGAAAGCCUGCUACAUGGAUGUACUAGAUAUUCUGUACAAGUGCUAAAGAUACUUUAAGUUUUUUAUCAGUCAGGUUUCUUUCUUAAAUAAACAUCAUCUAUAAA